UUGAACUUGGUCAACUGGCGUUGAGCGGAUAUAUUUGCACCCGGGACGGACUGGUGAUCAUAACAUCAUCAUGAUUAUAUUGCUAUUCACCACUACUGUUCUUUCAUACCAUUGAUAAUUAGUAGCUGCUGUCACAUUACUCAUCGCUAUCAAGCUUUUGACAUGCAAUUGUCAUCCACUCGAACUAAAUUUUGCUAUUUACUUGAUUUCCUGCAUAGAAUAAUAAUAUCAGCCGCGAUAAGAAAGCGGUCAAGGCCGAUGCGGGGCAGAAAGAACAUUCCAGCGCCUUUUUUAUUAUCUUCCCCUCCAUCGCUCGGGUUCAUGUGGCCUCUCCGCAAUCAUCCGUCGUGUCUGAGAGCUGCAUUUUUGAGAAUUGUUUGGAAUUGCAUGUGUCUCAUCCCUAUAUAUUUGUCCCUGUUAUCUUUACCAUUCUCGUCCGAUAGAAAGACAUACACCCUUGCGUUUCACCUCGGACCCUUUCCCGACAGAUAAACCAACACAGCCGGCCGGCUUACAUCAAUCCCUCUCUCUUCCCCCCCGCGAGUCAUCGCAUCCACUCCAUACCCUAGCUACUAACUAGUACUACUCCAACCACCUCAA